AUGCAGGACCACAAGGGACAGCAGUCCCGCAGCGCACCCCGCGACUUGGUCCCCGCCUGCCCCGCGGGCGGCUGGCAGCAGAGCACCCUGGCGCGGGGCACGGGGCCGCGGGGCCCUGCGGGCCGGCGGGCGCUCGGGCCGGGGUUGCUGCUGCUGCUGCUGCUGCUGGCGCUGCCCGCGGGCGCCUGGUACAAGCACGUGGCGAGUCCCCGCUACCCCACCGUGGGCCGCGCCGCGGGCUUGCUCGUGGGGCUGCGCCGCUCGCCCUACCUGUGGCGCCGAGCGCUGCGCCCCGCCGCCCCCCCCGGGGGCUUCCCGGGUCCCUACACCCCGGGCCUGGGCGCGUCCCUCCGCGGGCCGUCAGCCGGGGACGCCGGGUCGGCGGCGCCCGGGCCCCGCGGCGCCCUCCUGCUUCCCUCUGGGCUUCCGGAGCUGCUGGAGACUGGACGCCGGCUCUCCCACGCUGCGCUCCAGGCCCGUGCGCCCCGGAGCCCGCGCGCCGCCGAGCCCGCGCCCGGACUGGAGCCGCUGCGGGGCGCCCGUCGGCGGAGCCCGGAGAAGCAGGCCAGAGCCUUCGGGGUGCCUCCUGCUCAGCCAUGGUCUGCGGAGCCAACUGCCUUCGCGGGCCCCCGCCGCUCCCCAGAGCCAUCCUGAGCACAGCCCCUGCUGGCGCCGCCCCUGCUCUGACCCAGGCGGAGUCUCUUCCUCCUAGGCUCUCAGCUCCCGCCUGGCUGGCUGGUCAAUAAAAGCUGCCUGAU